CAAUUCCGUUUUUUUCUUCAUGGUCAGAAUCUACAAAAGUAGGUGGCAUGAAGCCUAUGAAAAAAUCAAGCAAGAUUCCCUUGAAGGCAAUUGCAUAGUAUUUGUUGCAUCGGACGUAGAUGCGUUAUGCGCUUGCAAGAUUUUACAGACUCUUCUAAAGGGCGAUUUCAUUCCACACAAAAUUGUUCCAGUCUCCAGCUAUUCUGACCUAAAGGAAGCCAACACUGAGCUUGUUCAGACGGACGAUGAGUUACGAACCAUUAUUAUGAUCAAUUGUGGAGGAAUGGUCGAUACCACGCUCUUCAUUGAUCCUCCUGUAAACGUUACCAUGUACAUUAUCGACAGUCAUCGGCCACUGAACCUUGAUAACAUGUUCAGCAGCACGCAAGUCGCCGUAUUUGAUGACAAUGAAGAUGAAGUAUAUAUGAAGGAGCUGAGCGAAGCAUACGAGAAUGUCACUUAUGAUUCAUCGGAUGACGAGGACGAAGGAAGCUCUGAAGAAGAAAGCGAGGAGGAGGGGAAUGAAAAGGAUGACGAUGAAACUGACGACGGUGGAGAGCGCCCAAGGCUAGAAAGUGAUCGACCCCGUCAACGGCGGCGGCUUAAUGAUGAUGAGGGUAAUUCUGCGAAAGCAAAACGUGCGAAAGCAAAAAAUAGUCGACUGAAGAUAGCGCAAUAUUAUUCUUCGGGGAUGUAUUAUAGCCAGUCUGUAGCGGGAAUUGUCUAUACCUUAGCAAAUCAACUUGAUCGCACGACCAACGACCUUUUAUGGUUUGCAAUCACUGGAGUCACUUCACAAUACAUCACAGAACACAUCGAUUCACCUAUAUACCUCGAUCAAUUGCGCACGUUCAUGGAUGACGUCGCGAGAUUCAAUCUACCACAGGAUACUUCAUCUCAAACUAUUGAUACAGCCAUCAAAUUUGAGGAUGAAUACAGAUUCAUGUUGUAUCGCCACUGGAGUUUAUACGACAGCAUGUUUCACUCUGGUUAUGUUGCAAGCAAACUUGGUGUGUGGAAGGAGUUUGGCAAAAAACGACUGAACAAUAUGUUUGCAAAAAUGGGUUUUUCUCUCUAUCAGUGCCAACAAGUAUUCACUCACAUGGAUAUGGAUUUAAAAAAGAUUUUACGAUCUAAGAUCGAUUCAGUUGCACCCCUCUAUGGCUUGACUGACAUAUGUUUUCCAAGUUUUUCACGCUCAUAUGGAUGGCGCGGUCAAACAUCCGCCAGUGACGCUGUAUAUUCUCUUUCAGCAUUACUGGAAACAUCUCCAGAAGUUGCGCAUCGUCUUGGAGAGACAGUGGAGUGGAACAAUGGUGAACAAUGGGGCACUGACCCUGAAGACGCCGACAAGGAAACUGCCAGUGGAGAGCCAGAGACACCACGGCCCAAGAAAGUCAAAAACCGGUGGUGGUUGCAAAAUUUCUAUACAGCUUAUGAUGCUCUUGACAGUAUCGAAGGAAUGCAACGUGGUCUUGGCUUGUGUAUGAAACUUCAACGCGUCAUUGUACAGCAAGGUACAGCCAUGAUUGAGAAAAAGUCGGUGAAGACUCUACGAACUUUUCGCUUGGCCAUCAUCAAGGAUGGCCCUGACAUUUCAUUAUUUACGCAUCCCUUGACACUAUCUAAACUCGCACUGUUUUUGGUUGAUGCAUACCGGGAAUAUGGUAAACGCAAUCUUCCCUUCGUGAUCGGCACUCUGAAUGAAGAACAGGGAUCAUACCUAGUGGUGGGUGUUACGGGCGCACCAACUUUUGGAGACGUGCGACAAAAUCAUUUCGGAGCUGCCUUCCAAGACGCCGUCAAACGUACCAAAGCUCAUGUAAAACAUGAUAGCUUCGAGACAUCGGUCAUGGAAAUCAGGCAAGACGACUUGGAGAACUUCAUAGAAAAUCUGCAUCUCGGUGCAUAAUUACAACCAUGCCAUAAUGCACGGUGCUGACAUACUCUCAACAAUGUAACAUACCCCUCCCAAACAUGCUAUUCUUAAAAUACGUAGUACCAUGUUCGUACUCUAUAUCAAAACACGAGACUAUUUAUUUUUUUUAGAUUACAAAAAGUGACCAAGAGGGUAUUAUUUAUAUGGAGUGCGAGAUAAUUCCACUAAGCUUCACUAAUAAGCUUUGUGAGGCCAGCAUCAAAUUGAUCCGAUCGUAUGGGCAUCUCGGGAGUGUGGAAAGGAUUCUUCAUGACAAAGUUACUGUACAAGUCAUACACCUUUUUCUGGAGGACCUCUACAUUUUGAUGUUGCGGAUCGGUGACCAAGAGGAAUUUGGUUC